AAUUUACUUGCAGUAAAUGAGCGGUGGCAUGGGGCUAUUCUAUAUAUACCAUUGGCCUUGUUAAUUUAUAAUCUUCGUAAAACUAUAGUGGAAAGAUUAAAGACUAUUUAUGGUAACCCUUUAUCUUCUGAUAUUAAUAUUCUAUCAGAUGAAUGGAUUCUACAAGCUUGGAUACUUCAAAAAAACAGUGAAGAUGCACAUUAUUGUGCUGCACUUUUCCGCUAUCUUAGAGAAUUCUGUAUCCAGUACCGUCAAUGGGCCUGUUUGAUUUCUGCUGAUGAUAAGUACAAAAUUCCUAUAGGUGAAGAUGUUGCAGUUUCUACUAGUGUACGAAAUCGACAUUUUAUGGUUGCACAAGAGAGCAAUUUGGCUGCUGCCGAUCAUGAUUUCGCAAAACUAUCUUUAACACCAUCG